GAGGACUCGCGGACCUCCGUCAUCUGCACGGACUCCUACAACGCCUCGCUGGCCACCUACCACCCCUGGGUGGUCCGCAAGGCGGCCACGGUGGCUUUCUGCGCCCUGCCGUCCCGAAACGCCUUCCUGGAAACCAUGAACGUGGGCACGCCCGAGGAGGCUGUGGCCAUGCUGGGCGAGGCCAUACCCUACAUCUGCGACGUCUACAGCAUCACCCAGGAGCUCUUUGCCCGGCAUCAGCUGCUCGACCUCCCCUGA